AUGAAACAACAAAGUUCAUUUGGAUAUCAAAACUUAUUGGACUUGAUUUGUUACAUCAAUACUUUAAUCGAAGAACUUGGUGCAUCAAUAGCUACCGGCAUUUUAAAAGAAUUUUAUGAUAAUUUAAAAAAUAAAGAUACAAGUACCUCAACUGAUAUAUUUUUAAGGUAUAUAUGUGCUUUGGUUAGAUUAAAAAUAAUGGACGAAGUCAUUUUAUUAGAAAUUAUUCAAGAGUUCUUAGCGGAAAAUAACUAUUACUUUGUUUCAAAAGUAUUACUAUUAUGUGGGGAUCAUAUUUUCGAUUCAAAUAAGAGUAUCCACGACCUUCUAAUAAAUAAAUUGAAUUCCAUUUUAAAUGAAAAUAUAGAUACAAAGACGAAUGAACUAAUCAUUUCUUUGCUAGACGAGGCAAAGGUGGAUUACAAACAUUUACGAUUGCAAAAAUACGAAUGGAAAUAUUCGAUGACCCAACAUGUAAUAACUCUAGACACUUUAACUUCUUUUAAGUUUUUAACAGAAUUUCAAUAUGAUGAAAAUUUUGAUCAACUAGAACUGGAUUACCAAAAACUGUAUCGAGAGAAAAUAAUACCCUUUUUUGAACAAAUAGAUCCUGACAUUAACGAAAAAAAGAAUGAUGAGAAUACUACUUUAAUCAAAGUUACUGAUAUGAGUAACACUGAGACCAUUGAGUUUAAAAAGAAAAUAUAUUUAAUAAUAAAAGGAUCCUUGUCUGGUGACGAAGCUGCACACAAACUACUUAAAUUAAGGCUUCCAGAUUUUCAAAAACCUUUAGCUGUAGAUGUUAUUAUAAAAUCUUCAUCGCAGGAAACGACAUAUUCCAAGUUUUACGGCAUACUCGCGGAAAAGCUAUGCAAUACUCAUAGUUCAUGGCAGAAAGCUUUUAAAGAGAUAUUUAUUGAGAAUUACAAUAAUUGUAACGAUUAUGAACCUAAUCAACUAAGAAAUAUUGGUAAAUUUUGGGGUCAUUUGCUAGCCACGGAUUAUGUUGGUUUUGAGGUUUUCCAGUGCAUACAUAUGAAUCAGGAGGAAACGACCCCCGCUGGAAGAGUUUAUAUCAAGUUUAUAUUCCAAGAACUAGUGGCAGACUUGGGCGUUAAGGAGUUAAAAGAAAUGUUGGAAGAACCUUACAUUCAACCUUACAUAAGUAAUAUGUUUCCUAAAGACGAUACGGAUCCUGAAAAAAUUAGAUUUUCUAUUAAUUAUUUUACUGCCAUUAAAUUAGGGAUUCUUACUGAACCAAUGAGAGAAAAAUUAUUAAAAUUGGAACAAAACAAAAAAGAAAUUGAGGGUGGUUUUGAUCAUAAAAAUGAAUUUGUUGAAGCUAAUAGAGAAAGAAGGAGAAGAGGAAGAAGAAGGAGAUCUUUAUCACCAGAAAGGAGAAUAUCGGCAAACAAACACUCGUCAAGAUAUUCAGGCCAUCCCUAA